AUGGCGACCCGUAAACGAAACGAAUACCUCGACGUUGAGGAAAGCGAAGAUGAGGAGAGAGGCUAUGAUUCCGAGGAGGAGAGCAGAGCGCGCAUGCUACCUGUAUCGAAGCGACAAAAAGUAGAUCACGACUCUGAAGACGAAGAACAAGACGAGGAAGUGGACGGAGACGAGGACCAAGAUUUUGACGACGACGAUGCGGAAGAUGGAGAAGACGACGACGAGCAACACGUACCGAAGCGCUUUCCCUCAAAGAAUGCCGAAUUAGCACACCUCGAGAAACUUGCCGCAUCUCUUCCUUCCGAACUGAAGUUACAGUCUACGAAACUUGGAAAAGCCCUACCACCAUCAUCACUCAAGAAAGACAAAUCUGGUGUUAUAUACCUCUCUCGCGUCCCACCCUUCAUGAAGCCAGCUGUAAUGCGCUCCCUCUUAACGCCAUAUGGCGCUGUAGGUCGCAUCUUCCUCACUCCAGAAUCCAGUACCUCUCGUACUCAGCGCCUGCGCAACGGAGGCACGCGUCGCAAACUCUUCCUUGACGGCUGGGUAGAGUUCAUACACAAGCGCGACGCCAAGUUUGUCGCUGAGAAUUUGAAUGCGCAAACAAUGGGCGGCAAGAAGAGGGGUAGGUGGCAUGACGAAGUGUGGAAUAUCCGAUACCUGAGCGGAGUCAAGUGGCAUAACCUGGUCGAGCAGAUCCAGAACGAGAAUGCAGAGCGUGCGGCAAGACUUAGGUUCGAAAUAUCACAGGGCAAGAAGGAGAACAAGGCCUUCUUGGAGAAUGUGGAGAGAGGCAAGGUGGCUAGCGGGAUUGAGGCUACAAGGCGAAAGAGAGGGGAGGACGUCGACGGUGAUAAUGCAGCGGCGGAGGCAGCAGAAGCAGUGCACGAAGUAGAUGGGAAGCCGAAGAGGAGGAAGGGAAGGCUAGAGUUCUCGCAACACACGGCUACGAGCAAGGCGAUGAAGAAGCCCGAGCCAGGCCAGGACGUGAACAGAGUGUUGAGUAGUAUGAUGUAG